AUGUUUUCAUACCGCUGUCUUCGAACAAAGAGCAUUGUGUUCUCAGCUGUUUCUCGGCCUUUGCAAAGUUUUUCGAGCACAAGCGCACAAAGAAAAGAAUUUAUUUGCAUCCUUCCCGACAAUCCAAAUGUCCUGGCUAUCAGAAAACAGGUUAAAGGACUCCACUACGACGGAAUCAAGCCAUUGAUAGCUGCCGGAAAGCUUGUUGAUGGCGGUGCCAUAUUUGAAAAACACCCCGAGGAGUGCAAGGAUGCCCUUUGUAAGGGUAGCAUGGUCGUGUACUCGGCCAAUGAUGUUGAAGAAGUCCGCACCAUCAUCGAGAAAGACAUUUAUGCCACUAGUGGUGUGUGGGACUUGAGCAAAGUACAAAUUUUCCCAUAUGUCCCGGCCGUUCGAGAGCCACUUCCAUAA